GGUUAGUGUAGGAAAUAUUGUAUGCGUUCCACGACCGUGGAGCCCUGUGAGUUGCACUUGCCCUCCCUUGCCCUCAUCCAAUAGCAUUUUUAAAGGAAAUAUUCGGUGUAUGUGUGUGCGUGUGUGUGUGUGCGCGCGCGCGUUUAUGUAUAUGUGUGUGUGUGUGCGUGUGUGCGCGCGCGCGCGCGUUUAUGUGUGUGUGUGUGUGUGUGUGUUAGAGAAGGAGAAAUUAAUGUGCAUGUGCAGAGUGAUUAGUGGGUUUGAAAAGCAAGCUCUGGCUCUGCCCCGUUUCCCGCUCUGGCACCACGAAGUAGGAGGAAGUGUUUCGCUAGAAGAUGAUGACAGAGGUCAGGCACUGCUAAUGGGCAACUGAAGAGGAGUGGAGGCGAGGCACAGACCAGGAACACAUACAUUAAUACACUAGUACCAUCACCAAUCAGCAUAGGGAUUUCCAUCUCUAUUCAAGAUCACUUGGAAAAUAUAUACAAGGAAAAGUAUUCGAGGGGGCUAUCCAGCACUGUAGCUCCGUCUCUUUUGCGCUCAGACUUAUCAACAAGGGCUUUGGCUGCAGUGUACACACGAUGCCUCAAAAAGAAUACUAUAACCGGGCCACGUGGGAAUCUGGCGUUGCGUCCAUGAUGCAAAACAGACAAGAGGUGUAUGACAUCUGUAACGAAGGUCACAGCGGAGUGAAUCAGCUUGGCGGAGUGUUCGUCAACGGCAGACCCCUGCCCGACUCAACCAGACAGAAAAUAGUCGAGCUUGCUCACAGUGGCGCGCGGCCGUGCGAUAUAUCCAGGAUUCUGCAGACCCAUGGUGAUGCAAAAGUCCAAGUGCUGGACAAUGAAAACGUGUCAAACGGCUGUGUGAGUAAGAUUCUGGGCAGAUACUAUGAAACUGGCUCCAUCAGACCAAGGGCGAUCGGGGGUAGCAAACCAAGAGUAGCAACUCCCGAGGUGGUCGGAAAAAUUGCCAUAUACAAGAGGGAGUGCCCGUCAAUCUUCGCCUGGGAAAUUCGUGACAGACUGCUUUCAGAGGGGGUCUGCACAAACGAUAAUAUACCCAGUGUAAGUUCAUUGAGUGUGUCAUCGAUAAACAGAGUACUGCGCAACCUGGCUAGCGAAAAGCAACAGAUGGGCGCAGAUGGCAUGUAUGAGAAGUUGAGAAUGCUGAACGGUCAGACUGGGACGUGGGGAACCCGGCCGGGCUGGUACCCCGGAACCUCAGUGCCAGGACAGCCCAACGCAGAUGGUUGCCCACAGUCAGACGGCGGAGGUGAGAACACUAAUUCAAUAAGUUCGAAUGGAGAAGACUCGGAUGAGACCCAAAUGAGACUUCAGCUGAAAAGAAAAUUGCAAAGGAACCGCACUUCGUUCACACAAGAACAGAUAGAAGCGCUUGAGAAAGAGUUUGAACGAACUCACUAUCCAGAUGUUUUCGCAAGGGAAAGACUUGCUGCAAAAAUUGACCUCCCAGAGGCCAGAAUACAGGUGUGGUUUUCAAAUAGAAGGGCAAAGUGGAGGAGGGAGGAGAAACUCCGGAAUCAACGGCGGCAAGCCAGUAACUCCUCCAGUCACAUCCCUAUCAGCAGCAGUUUCAGCACCAGUGUCUACCAGCCCAUCCCACAGCCCACGACACCAGGUUGGAUAUCGUUCUCGUCAGGAUCCAUGUUGGGAAGACCAGACACAGCCCUUACAAACACAUACAGUGCCCUGCCACCUAUGCCAAGCUUCACCAUGGCCAACAACCUGCCUAUGCAAGCUCCUGUGCCCAGCCAGACCUCCUACUCCUGCAUGCUGCCCACCAGUCCCUCAGUCAACGGGCGGAGCUACGACACGUACACCCCUCCUCAUAUGCAGGCACAUAUGAACAGCCAGUCAAUGGCAGGCUCAGGAGGCAACUCAACAGGUCUCAUCUCUCCUGGAGUAUCUGUUCCUGUCCAAGUGCCAGGCAGUGAAGCAGACAUGUCCCAGUACUGGCCCAGGCUACAGUAGAGACACGACUACCGUCAACGUGUGACUCCUCGGAUAUUGUCUUGAAAGAAGAGGCUGUCCAGCAGUAUUUAAUUACAGACAAGAGAAAAUAGACUCUAAAAGACACUAUUUCGUACUGGGAUUUUGCCAUUCUCUAUCAUUCUUUGGAGGCAAAGACUUGAAAAAGAAAAAAAGAGAAAGGACUUCUGUAAAGUGCCCGGUGUAACAUCCUUAAUGGCAGAAAAAAAAUAUCUCUAUUCUCCGUUUCCAACUUAUGUCAUUUUUGGUGUAUUUGUGUAUGGCCAUUUGUAUGUCAUAAUGAAAAAACAACAGCGUGGAUGGACUGUGAAACUGAGUUGUUCCUUGCUUCUGCUGAGAAGAAGAUCAUUUGUGAAGAAUUUUCUGCCAUGAAUAGUUUUUGUCAACAUAUAUCAAGAAGCUCCCCCAGUCUGUGUACAGAAUGUGGACUCUGGUGAAACAAGUUUGUAUCAUUCAAAGGCAGAGCUGGACCAGCAGGUACCAGCUGGGUACGAGAAGUCCAUUUCUCUGUUCUUUUCUUUUCCAAAGCUUUCUGGCAGAAUCAUUGUAAAUGGAAAGCAUUAACCGCUAAAAAAGAGGUGAAAAAAACUUUUGGUAGCAAAAAACUGUAGAUUGUGUCUUCGAUAUAAUUCAGUUUGUUAUGUCGAAAUGUAAGUAUUGGUCUUCCCUAGCAGUCUCCCGGACACAAUUUCUAUAAUAAAGUUAAUUUCAUUUA